CUAAUGGCGUGAACAGUCUUAUAUGUGGUGUCAACUUAGGGAUACCGAAGUGAAUAUUUGAUCAUAAAAGUUUUAAAAAUUAAAAUUUCGUCUGUGAUCGACGACUAAACAAAUAAAUAAAUCAAAAAACUUAGCGAAUUGAAGGAAAUAAAUUUAGAAACAAAAAAAAUGAAGUGCGUAUUUAUAGUGCUAAGUGUGGCACUAUUUGGACUUGCCCAUGGAGCGUACAAACUGCAGGAACGUUACAGUUGGACGCAAAUGGAUUUUGCAUUCCCCAGUCUGCAAAUGAAGCAACAAGCUAUUGCCGCUGGUGACUAUAUCCCAACCAAUGCACUGCCGGUUGGUGUCGAACAUUGGGGAAACAAAUUGUUCGUAACUGUGCCCCGUUGGAAGGAUGGCAUCCCAGCAACAUUGACUUACAUUAACACCGAUCAAACACUCUCCGGUUCACCCGAACUGAUUCCAUAUCCCGAUUGGAAAAGCAAUGCUGUCGGUGAUUGCGAAAAUGGUUUGAACACCGUCUACCGUAUUAAAGCAGAUAAAUGUGGCCGCUUGUGGGUUCUUGAUACCGGUACCAUUGGUAUUGGAAACACAACCCAAAACGUUUGCCCAUAUGCCAUCAAUGUCUUCGAUCUGGCCACAAACACGAAAAUCCGUCGCUAUGAAUUCAGACCGGAAGAUACAAACCCUAAUACAUUCAUUGCCAACACAGUCAUCGACAUUGGAAAAUCCUGUGAAGAUACAUUCGCCUACUUUUCGGACGAAUUGGGCUACGGAUUGAUUGCUUAUUCAUUCGAACAAAAUAAAUCGUGGCGUUUCGCUCACAGUUUCUUCUUCCCCGAUCCUCUACGUGGCGAUUUCAACAUUGCCGGUUUGAACUUCCAAUGGGGUGAAGAAGGUAUCUUUGGAAUGGCUCUGUCAGCUAUCAAAUCAGAUGGUUAUCGUACAAUGUACUUCAGUCCAUUGGCUAGCCACAGAGAAUUCACUGUGUCCACCCGGAUCCUUCGUGACGAAUCCCGAGUCGAAGAUAGUUUCCACGAUUUUGCAUACUUGGAUGAACGUAGCGCAAAUAGUCAUACCACUUCUCGUGUAUUGAGCGAAGACGGUAUUAUGCUUUUCAAUUUAAUCGAUCAAAACGCUGUUGGCUGCUGGCAUUCGUCUAUGCCUUAUGGUCCUCAAUACCAUGGAGUCGUUGAUCGCGAUGAUGUUGGACUCGUGUUUCCUGCCGAUGUCAAGAUUGACGAAAACAAAGAUGUGUGGGUAUUGUCCGAUCGUAUGCCCGUCUUUUUGAUCGCCGAAUUGGACUACAACGAUGUCAACUUCCGAAUUUACACAGCACCAUUGGCUGACCUUGUUGCCGGUACUGUAUGCGAUUUAUCGGCCAAAACUUACAAUCCAUACGGUUAUACACCAAUUGUUACACGACCAACAAAGGCUAAACUUAAUACAAUUCCAACCGGUCUUGGCGCGUAUAAAACAAUCAACCGAGCUCCAACAACCAAUGGAAUCGAACACGCUCAACCCUUAAUUCACUACAAAGUACAUGAGCACCAAUCAACUCCGUAUACUACUACCAGAGUUCCUAAAACAUUCGUUUAUAACAACAACAACGGCAUUUCUUAUCACUCAAAUUCACCACACGAUUUCACUAGCAGCGUUCAAGGUGUUCCAAAGGCUUCGGCUUCGUGGUGGUCAAGGCAAUUGUGGUAAUUCGAUUAGAGCAUAGCUAUAACAAUGCUAGGCAAAAGGGUGCUUUUAAGCUUAAAUCCAGUGCAAUUAUAAGCAAAGCAAAUUUUAAAAACAUAGCAAAAAGAUAAUUUAAACCAGCACGUAGGAAAUUUUGCUCAUCUACAAUUAUUUAUUAAAAAUCAUUCGUUUGUAAAUUCAAAGAAAAUAUAAAUAAAAUU